AAAAAUUGUAUACCAAACACACCCUAAAGUGUUCUAAUUUCCAGUUAACUGGAUCUUGCUUUUGCUCUAGUGGCCGGCGGGAUCACCAAAACCCUGCAAAAGCCCUAGCGGGUAAGAUUAUUUCACCUUCAAGCAAUUUGUUAGCCUCUAAUGGCUUCUAUUCUUCGGAGAUCUCUGCAAAACAAAUUUCUAUCAGCGGCAAGAAUUACCACAAUCCUCAGCUCUAAACCUAUACCUACAUCACCUUUGUUCAAUCAUCCUUCUUCCAGUGGGCUUGGUCAAAUCCCACUUUUUCUUCAAGGAGGAACAUCGGAUUCAGAACCGAAUGUUGGGUUUUACCCAAGCUUUUCUUUUGGGCAUUUCCUAAAUCCCAUUUCUCCAAAUGGGUUGAUUUCAUCUGUGGAAGAUAGCGCUGUUGAUGAUGAUUCGCGUAAGAUUUGGGCUGAUAGUGUGAAGAAGAAGAGGAAGAAGAAGAUGAACAAACACAAGUUGAAGAAGUUAAGGAAGCGCCUAAGGAGGAAGACUUAGUGUAUCUGACACUGUGUCAUCGGUGAGAAAUUUGUUAUUGAGGCUGCAUUUUGUCGUGUUUAGCUGUUGUGAAUCUCUAUUUGGCACAGAGUCCAUUCUUUUAGUUUGAAAUGCCGGAAAGAUGUUUUUUUUUUUAUGGUUUAGGACAAUUUUGGUAGAAGAAAUUGCUGAAACAAGUUCUAGGAAUAAUUGUGUUUACUUUCCUGUUGAAUGAUAGUAUGCUUGGGAUGCUCAUUAGCCUGUAUUUGAUGAAAUCCUUAGUAGUCUAACAUCGAUAAUCCA